UAAAAAACACUAUUCAACUUUUCCGUGCUUACUGACGGCGACGUUAAAUUCUUAUUCUCUUAAAAGAUCUCCAUAAACGCCGCCGUGAUAAAGCGUCGUCACGGACCUCCUUCCCCCCGCCCCUGCUCCUUGUACGUUACUACGAUAUUAUUACGACCAUUUGAAAGCCACACGGUUCCUCUCUCUCUCUCUCUCUCCCAACCAGAAUUAUACCCCACCCAUAGAAUCUCUCUCUCUCUCUCUCUAUAUAUAUAUAUAUAUAUAUAUGUAUAUAUGUAUUUGUAUGUAUAAUUAGGGAAUGAAUAUAUUUGUAUAUAUUUAUGAAACAGUACUUCAAUCGACGCUUUCACGAGGAUUGUGUUUCUAGGAAGUGAAACAGGCGGAGUGAUCUGAAAGCGAUAUUGGUUGCUAAUCCCCGUCCGCCGCGCUCUACCCGUGCUUUACAUUUGUGCGUAAUUGUGGACAUGUUAUGUACAUGAGUAUGUAAAUAUCGUACACAUCGGCGUGGGGGGGAGGGGAGAGCAGUGAUCGUCGUUGAACAUUGCGGGAAUUUGGGUGCUGAUAUUUGUGGGAGAGUGUUUGCCGAUUGAGUUCUCAACACUAGAAGAUCAAUGCCAGAAAUAGUUAUGGAUCACGAAGAUGAAAAGGGGAAAAUAUCUGAUCAUGAUAUCGUUCCAGAGGAUGAGAAGAGAAAACGUAGGACAAGAUCUUUGAGGAGAAAGGCAAUGAAUGGUCCAACAAGCAGCACACGUGAUCCAAAGAAACCCAGUAAGCAGGUGCUGCCUUGCCAAUUUGCCUCAAUUUCUGCCGAAGAAUUUCUUGAUGAGGAGAAAGAGAAGGCUGUGACUGCAUUUCGCAAGGUUUUGAUUGAAAGAGACCUACUUCCAGCUCCGCAUGAUGAUUAUCACAAUAUGUUGAGAUUCUUGAAAGCUAGGAAGUUUGACCUCGAUAAAACAGUGCACAUGUGGGCAGAAAUGUUGAACUGGAGGAAAGAGAAUGGAGUAGACUCUAUUAUCCAGGAUUUUCUUUAUGAUGAAUCUGAAGAAGUUCAGCACUAUUAUCCUCACGGUUACCAUGGUGUAGAUAAAGGAGGGCGGCCUGUGUACAUUGAAAGACUUGGCAAAGUUGAACCUAGCAAGCUCAUGAGUGUCACCACUGUGGAAAGGUUCUUAAAGUAUCAUAUUCAAGGUUUUGAAAAAGCUUUCUCAGAGAAGUUUCCAGCAUGUUCAAUUGCAGCCAAGCAGCAUAUUGAUUCGACCACAACGAUUCUGGACGUACAAGGCCUGAACUGGAUGAGUUUUGGAAAAUUAGCACAUGAUCUAGUAAUGCGCAUGCAGAGAAUAGAUGGAAGCAACUAUCCUGAGACAUUGCAUCAUAUGUUCAUAGUUAACGCUGGUACUGGAUUCAAGUGUGUCUGGAAUGGGUUAAAAGGCUUUCUAGAUCCCACAACCGCAGCUAAGAUACAUGUUUUAGGUUCUAAAUUCCAGAAUAAGCUAUUGGAAGUCAUAGAUGCUAGUCAACUGCCUGAUUUUCUUGGUGGAUCAUGCUCGUGCCCAAAUCAAGGUGGGUGUCUUGGAUCUGACAAGGGACCCUGGAAAGAUCCACAACUGAUGAAGCUGGUACACAUGUUACGUGAUGGUGAAUCACUACAUCCAAGAAAGAUUACCAGCUUUUGUUCCAAUGAUGAAGCAGAAAUUAAGCUAAUUCAUUAUAAGGACUUGAUCGGUAAAACUGUUCAAACGUCUUGUUCAAGAUCCUCUGCUCACAGUACCAUGGAAGGAACACCACAUUGCGGCAAUGAAACUGUGUUGAUGAGCAAACUCUGUACUGGGGCUGGAGUGAAGAAUCAUCGUCCAUCGAAUUUGACUAGGCUUGUCACAGAACCAAGGCUGCCAAAGGGACCAAUUUCCACCAGAGUGAUGGAUGUACUAUUCAGAUUACUUGCAUGCAUAUGUUUUUUGCUUGGUGGGCUGGUGAGAGCACUUUUUAAGAUGGAAAACAAAGAAGCAUAUCGAAGAACCGAUUUUCCAAAUUCAAACUCUCAGGAGGAACACUAUACACGAGCCAAUACUGAGGAGCUUCUCCACCCUUGUUGUCAGAAGUUGCAGCAUUUAGAGAAACUGGUAACUGAACUUUUGAAAAAGCCUGCAAAGAUUCCACCAGAGAAAGAUGACAUACUGCUUGAAUCUUUGAACCGCAUAAAAUCUAUUGAGCACGACCUGCAAAAGACCAAAAAAGCACUGCUUGCAACAGCAUCAAAACAAGUUGAACUUUGUGAAUCUAUGGAGACUCUGAAGGGCAUAAACUUAAAGGGGUCUAAUAGUUGUUGGCCGUGAAAUCUCAAAUGAGUACCCUGUGGAAUCUAACAUUCACUAUUCAAACACGUUGUUAUUCUGCUUACGAUCAUUUUCCAACCACAUCUGAGAUUGUUUUUCCAACUAACCUGGACAAGCAGGGAAGUGUUAUUCAGUCAUUCAGUGGAUAACAGUCUUGAGAAGCUUGCCAGGUUUUUGGUCCUGCCCCAUUUUUCUUGGAGGUAUGAGCCAGAUGUGUGCUGUGACGACUUCAUUUGAACUAGGGGGCUUGGUACAUGCUUUCACUAUUUUGCCAAUUUCAAGUAUCAAUACACAAUUACAAAUACAGGAAACGAGUUCAAAGAAAUUGAUAUCUCUUACAUUUUUUUUCAUUGUUUAGAAUUUCUUUCCAUCUUUUAUUGUAAAAGACAUUUGUAUUCAAUUUGCAGCUAAACAAUAUAUAAAAAAAAUGAAACCUUUAGUGAUAGCUUGGUGGUUGAAGAUUUAUGCAGGUAGACAUGUAGGAAAGAACAACACGUCUCUCAUUCCAACAUUCUUGUUAUUACUUACUACUUGACACUAGUCGGCAAUUAGUGAAUAAGAGUAUGAUUUGAUUAAGACAGAC